UGCUUGCUUGCUUGGAGAACAAAUCCAUGUCUGAACCGAAACAGUCUCAUCUUAUCUCUUUCUCUGUACCCGCUCUAAUCAAAUCUCCUGAGUUGUAGAAAAGCAAUGCUGAAAGCUAUUCAGAUCCUGGGAUGUUCAUCUAGCUUAGUUACUCAACGUUGGAAACCCUUUAGCAGCCAAGGUCUCCCUUCCAUUGCAAUCUCGUUCAAACCCUUCUCAUCUUUCUACGCAGUAUCUUUCCUAAAAGCACUUCCCACGAUGGAUUCUUCGCUCCUGCCCAAAGAUUCGACUCCUAUGUCUCAAUCAAGAUCAAUCCAUGCUUCCUCAGCUCGUUCUGACUCGAAUCCAGAUGGCACCUCGUCGUCUCCUCCAUCACCAUCCCUUGCAGUUCAGUCAUCGGGAGUUCGAAACAUCAAGUUCUGUCAGUGGUGUGGUGGUCCAACAAAGCAUGAUAUACCUGAAGGAGAAGAAAGGUUGAGAGCAAUAUGUACAAUUUGUGGGAAGAUUAUCUAUCAGAAUCCAAAAAUGGUUGUUGGUUGCCUCAUACAACAUGAUAACAAGGUCCUGCUUUGCAAGCGGAAGAUUCAACCAUCUUACGGUCUUUGGACGCUUCCUGCGGGGUAUUUGGAAAUUGGAGAGUCAGCCACGGAAGGUGCUAUCAGGGAAACAAGGGAGGAAGCAAAUGCAGAAGUGGAAGUACUGUCUCCUUUUGCUCAAUUGGACAUUCCUCUAAUUGGCCAACAGACUUAUAUAAUCUUCUUAGCAAAGCUAAAGAAGCCCCACUUUUCUCCUGGUCCAGAAUCAUCAGAAUGCCGGCUUUUCUCACUUGAUGAUAUACCUUUUGAUUCUUUAUCUUUUUCAUCAAUGGUGGUUACCUUAAGUAUGUAUGCGGAGGAUAUUAAGUCUGGAAAGCUCAAAUUCCAUUAUGGUGUCAUUAACAAGAGGCUGGGCACAAGUCCCUCUGAUAUUCAUGCCUAUACGCUGGAUAAUCAUAUGCAGUCAUGACAGGUUGAUACAAGCUCCUCCUUAGUGAUGAAAAUCUUGUUGGUUGCAGUACUAUGAAUAUCUGAAGAUUUAAAUCCGGAAGUUGUAAGUUGUAACCUGAAGAAUCUUCUGCGAGAAUGCAGUCUGCCUCCCUGUGUUGAGCCGGAUCUCUACGACAUCUACAUUCACCCAUUAUUUUAAAUCAGCCGGCCAUCGCGUGAUAAAUAUAAAAUUCGGGGCUGAAAUUUCUCCGUUGUCAUAAGACUGAUAGGCAGUUGUCGCCAAUCACAUCGGCGGAGCUCGCUGUGGUUCAAGGUCGCCCUCAAAUUUUUGCGGCGUGCCAUAUUUUGAUUGAUGUUCGUGGGUAGGUGGGUAAGCUGCUUUCAUUGAUCAAAGAUUGGGACCUGUUACUGUGGAAACAUUUAUCAGAAUUGUGAACGUAAUUAUCCAUCAAGAUUCAAGAGAGAAGAAAUUGAUCUUGAAAAAAUCUCUCUCGAGAAUAAAAUCUCGAAGAAGCUGAGAACCAGAGCAACGUACAAUGGAUGUGAAAUCAUGACCGUUUUCGUGCGACAAUAUGAAUCCAAAUUCAUCGUUUGAUUUGUC